CUAUUACAACAGAACAAACUGAUAUACAGGUUAUUAACUCAGAUGCUACUGACAACCAUUCUGAAAAUGGUACUAGUUCUAAUGAUACAGACGAAGAUAAUAUUUUAGAGCCCAAUGAUCAAGAUAAUAAUAGUUAUAAUAACAAGCAGGAGUUUUGUGAAUCUGAAGAAUCUGACUAUAGUAAUAUGGAUAAAGAUUUUGAAUAA